UUGGUUUUCAGAAAUAUUAUUAAAAAGGCUAAAAAGAAAAAAGAAAAAAGAAAAAAAGAAAGAGGGUACAUAGAUCUAGUACGUACUCCCCACCUACUUUACAGAACCCAAUUUCCUGGAAGCUCCCCUAUCCUUUUCCACAAAAGCCAUUAACAGAUACAUGCACCUUCUCUCUCUACCCUUCACUUUCUCUCUCCUCCUAUAUAAAAACAAACCCUUCCAACUAUUUCCCCUCAUUCAUCUCUCACUCCUCUUUCCACAGUCCCCACAUAUCCUUUCAAACCGUUUCUUUCUUCCAAUUCUGUUUUGCCGUUACAACCAUGAGAACCUCCUCUUCUUCCUCCUCCUCCGACUCCACCUCCUCCGAUUCUUCCUUCUCCGGCAAGGGAUUGCGGCGCCCGGAGAAGAUUAAAGGUCCAUGGAGUGCGGAGGAGGAUCGGAUUUUAACUCAGCUUGUCGCUCGUUAUGGACCCAGAAAUUGGUCCUUGAUUAGCCGUUACAUUAAAGGCCGCUCCGGCAAGUCCUGCCGCCUCAGAUGGUGUAAUCAGUUGAGUCCUAAUGUUGAGCAUCGCCCAUUUUCUCCGAUGGAGGAUGAAACGAUUUUGGCUGCUCAUGCUCGGUUUGGGAACCGGUGGGCCACCAUUGCUCGUUUGCUUCCCGGUCGGACUGAUAAUGCCGUUAAGAAUCACUGGAACUCGACGCUAAAACGACGGGCGAGGGAACAACAGCAGCAAUUAGUGAUGGACGAAAUUGCCCCUGAGAAUCAUGGUAAUAAUAAUAAUGCUGUGAAUAUUGCUAGUGAUUUGAAGCUUUCCGUACCUCUGGAGGAAGAUCCGUUGACCGCCUUGACUCUGGCGCCGCCGGGAAUCGGCGGCGGUAGAACCACGACGGCGGAGGAGCGGCGGGUUGAGAAUUUUCCGGCGGGGUUUUGGGAUGCAAUGAGGGAUGUGAUAGCGAGGGAGGUGAGGGAAUACAUGACGACGACGUUUAUGGAGAAUCCGGAGUUUCACUAACUGAAAUGCCAGACUCCUCUCUGUCUGUCUUUUUUUUUUUUUCUUCUUUUUUUGCCCAUAGAAAGUUGUAUUAAUUAAAUUUCUUGUUAAUAUAAUGAUUCAU